AUGUCUAAUACAAAUGUUUAUAAAGCUUUAAGUUUUAUUGAUACUUGCCAAACGCUUGGGAAGAUUUUCUUGAAGACCGAUAACAUCGAGGUAAACCCUUGCGUCGUAUUAAUUGGACAACAUGAAACUGUCACGGGACCUUUGCACUUUUUCGUUAAGCAAGAACCGUCUAGAAAGAGAAAAUGCGAUUAUUCCAUUGAACUCGAUUAUCCUAUGGUAUCUACCAAAAGACCAAUUUUCCAUUACAGUGGCACGCUUCCCAUAUACGAACGACAAAUCUUUAACACACCAGCAUCAAUUAAUUGCUUGUUCGAAGUAAAAAUCCGGGUUCAUGAAGCUCUUGGUUUGAUGGUAAUUAAAUAUAACAAGAAUUGGGGUGGCUAUGAGUUCAAAGUUGUAAAAAUUUCUGCACCCGAAUUUGAGGAUCCAGUAAGACGGGCCGAAAAAUAUGCCGAAUACUUUGAUAUGAGAAUCUAA